UGGGAGAGACAUGCCACUCGAGUGUCGUCGCCUGAAUGGGAGCGUAGCUGCCGGCUUGUCACCGUUGCCCUCGUGCCAGCCCCGCCCCCCUGCUGUCGUGAACGCGCCCAAACGUUUUCCUUCCCUCCCUCCCUCCCUUCGCAUUGCUUGGUGGCCUUACCUGACAGGAGGUGACAUGGCCCCGCGCAGGAGCCCCAAAAGCGGCAGCCCCGGCCCCGGUUCCCGGAGAGAGGCAAAACAUGGAGGAAACAAGAAUGGCAAGAAAGAAGGCAUUUCUGGAAGUUCUUUUUUCACUUGGUUUAUGGUAAUUGCAUUGCUAGGAGUAUGGACAUCAGUUGCAGUGGUUUGGUUUGAACUCGUCGAUUAUGAGGAAGUUCUAGCCAAAGCAAAGGACUUCCGUUAUAACUUGUCAGAGGUACUCCAAGGAAAGCUAGGGAUCUAUGAUGCUGAUGGAGAUGGAGAUUUUGAUGUGGAAGAUGCCAAAGUGUUGCUAGGACUAAAAGAAAAAUCUGUCCCAGAACAGCCAACUGUAAAAGAUACUGAGGAGGUGAUUCAACCUGUAGAGGAACCACAUGUAAAAGCAGAACAUGGGAGUAUUCUGGAACCAGAACCGGAUGAUGAAAUUGAGUCUGUGCUGCAUGAAGUCCUUGACUCACAGCUUGAAGAAGAAAGUGAAACAGAUGAAGAACAUGCUCAUGAAGAAACAAACUUUCAGGAGGAUGAAGAGAAUUAUGAAAUACCUGACAUUUCUAUAGUAAAGGAGGAAUAUAAUGAAGAACUGAGAGAUAAAAUUCCAGAAGUGCUAGAAAGGCAUGGAUCCCUUCAGGAAGAACCUGUAAAUGACUAUGAAGUGGAAGAACAUGUUGUAGAUGAUUCUCCUGUUACAUAUGAGCAUCACACACAUGUGGAAGAAGAUAUAUAUCAACCUGAAGGCACAGAUGACACAGAAUUAACUACAGAAGAUGCACUGGAUCAUAACACAGAAACAUUUUCAGAAGAUGUGGAGCACCAAGAUUAUGCAGAUGAACAUGACUUAGAAAAUGAAGAGUUUAUUGAAGCCGGGGAGACAGAUGAAGAACCUUUAACUGAAUAUUAUGAUGAACAUAUACAAGAUACAGCAGAUGCUCCAUAUACUUUUACCGAACAUGUUGAGUCAGAUGAGAGAGAACAUAUAGAAGAUGUUGCAGCUGCUGAACCUCAUAAGACAGAAAGUCCUGUUCAGACAGAAGACUAUUCAAAUGAUGAUCUAGUUGGGAAAAAUGAAAAAGAAACCCUACAGAAAGAAAAAGCUAAGAAGAAGAAACCAAAAUUGCUUAAUAAAUUUGAUAAAGGCAUCAAAGCUGAACUUGAUGCUGCAGAGAAACUGCGUAAAAAGGGAAAAGCAGAGGAGGCUUUGAAGGCGUUUGAAUCCUUAGUAAGCAAGUAUCCUCAAAGUCCACGGGCAAGAUAUGGAAAAGCCCAGAGUGAGGAUGACCUGGCAGAGAAAUUGAGAAGCAAUGAAAUUCUACAGAAAGCCAUCAAUACUUAUGGAGAGGCAGCUAGUUUACCUAAUGUCCCUGAUGAUCUGGUAAAACUGGCCCUGAAACGACGGGCAGACAGACAGCAGUUCCUGGGACGCAUGAGAGGUUCACUGGUUACAUUACAAAAACUUGUGAAUAUGUUUCCUAAUGAUACUUCAUUCAAGAACAGCCUUGGAGUGGGUUAUCUUUUGAUUGGAGACAACAGCAACGCCAAGAAGGUUUAUGAAGAGGUUCUGAAGUUGGCUCCAAAUGAUGGCUUUGCUAAAGUGCAUUAUGGCUUCAUUCUGAAGGCAGAGAACAAGAUUGAAGAAAGCAUUCCCUAUCUGAAAGAGGGUCUAGAAUCAGGAGAUUCUGGCACCGAUGAUGGACGUUUUUACUUUCAUUUGGGUGAUGCCAUGCAGCGAGUUGGAAACAGUGAGGCAUACAAAUGGUAUGAACUUGGACACAAGCGGGGUCAUUUUGCAUCUGUCUGGCAGCGCUCUCUUUACAAUGUCAAGGGCUUAAAGGCUCAGCCGUGGUGGACAGCAAAGGAAACGGGUUACACCGAACUGGUCAAGUCUUUAGAAAGAAAUUGGAAGAUGAUUCGGGAUGAAGGGGUUGCUGUGCUGAACAGAGGCAAGGGGCUGUUUCUACCUGAAGAUGAAAACUUGCGAGAAAAAGGUGACUGGAGCCAGUUCACUCUGUGGCAGCAAGGAAGAAAAAAUGAAAAUGCUUGUAAAAGUGUUCCCAAAACAUGUGCCUUAUUAGAACGAUUCCCGGAGGCCACUGGAUGUAGAAGAGGACAGAUCAAAUAUUCUGUCAUGCAUCCGAAGACUCAUGUCUGGCCUCACACAGGGCCUACCAACUGCCGGCUGAGGAUGCACUUAGGCUUGGUGAUUCCAAAAGAAGGCUGCAGGAUUCGGUGUGCUCAAGAAACCAGAUUCUGGGAAGAAGGGAAGGUUCUCAUCUUUGAUGACUCCUUUGAACAUGAAGUAUGGCAGGAUGCCAAUGAGUCUCGACUGAUAUUCAUUGUGGAUGUCUGGCAUCCAGAGUUAACACCACAACAGCGACACACCCUUCCAUCCAUUUAAACGGGCUUGAAGCAUUCUUCUGUAAGGUCCAUAUUUUGUGCUUGGAAGUGCUGCCCUUGCCAACUGAAAGCAAGAUUGAACUGUAUGAAGAAACCUGGACUUCAAAAGAUUGCAUUCUGUGUAUUAUGCCAUUAUUAUCACAGCACUGAUCUGAUAGCUCUGUAUUCAUGCUGCAAGCACAGAUCUCUACAUUUGAUCAGCCAAAGAAUGUCCUGUGCCAUAUUUCAAAACAAGACUUGUGCCACUUUUUUGUUAUGCCUGUACACUGCUAGGCACAGUCUUGGUGUAUUAGCCACCAAAGUAAAGCUUGGGUGUAAACAUAAGGCACAGAUUUCAAGACACUGUUAAUGUGCCAAAUUUGUUUACUCAACAAAUUUGUUAAGUAACAUACUUGUACCAUGACAGUGCUUGGUGGAUUGUGUCCUGUAUCAGUUUUUUCCUUUCUGUCUUUGGAAGGACUUGGGGAUUUGUCACACCAUUUCAAGUAACACAUUGAGAUUUAAUCUAUUUCAGUAUUAGCUGUAGAUAGAAUGGAUACUUUUAUACUGUAUGUUUAAUAGAUGAUUGUAUUUUUCUGUCACCUAUAUAGAGAUCCUCUUUUUUUAAUUCCUUAAUCACUUUCCUGUUGUAAUUUCCUUUUUUAAACUUCUUUUCUAAAAAUGACUACUCAUGUUACUUUAUCACCUUUGAAGCCUUUAUGAGCAGUUCUUCAGUUUACUGUGUACAACUUUCUCCUUCCAAAUUGGAUCACAAGUACACACUCAUAUUGCUUGGUUCCUGGCUAACAGUAUUUAUUAACCAACCUUGAUAUCUGUCUACUUCCAGCACAGUCCUUUAAGCCUUAUUGAGAUGUCUGGACGCUUUCAGUUCUGUAGCUUUGGCCUUCGUGCUUCCAAUGCAGUAAAAGCCUUUAAUUCAAAUCAAAAUCAGCAAACUGUGAUGGGAUAGAGUGCGGUGUGAAGUCAUUUUUCUUCCAGUCUUCAUAUUUCACAUAAGUGUAUUGCACAGAAAAGAAAAUGUGAGGGUACAGUACUCUAGGCAUUCUUGAGAAGUGGCAACCACAUAUUUAUGCUGUGGAGUUACCUGAAUGGAGAAUAAAAAGAGGAAGACUGACCUCCCAUUCAUAGUUAAUGAAAAACAAUGAUGCUUCUUUGAUGCAAUCUGUGAGUGCUAAAUUCUCUCCCUCCGCAUAUCUAGCAAGAGUAACCUUUACAGUCUCUGAUAUGCCACUGGAUCACUGCCCAGUGGCAAGCUUUUCAGUUUCCUCUUAGAAUUAGUGAAACAGAAUGCUCUUUAGUGAAUAAAAUCUACUCUCCAAGCAGCUUUUGUGAGAUUUUCUGAGUUAUGGACAGAAAUACAAGUAAUAACCUGUGGACAGUUAUUUCUUUAUGACCAAAGUUUAUAUGAUAGCUACGAUAAUUUCAUGUGCAAAAAUAUGCCAAAAUAUACAUUGUAUAUUCUACAGAUGUUGUAGAAAUGUACAUUUGAAACUUACAAAGUACUGAGAUACUGUUACUCAAAUGUGAGGGAAAAUUGCUUAAUACUGACUUGCCAGUGAUUCUAUUAGAAAAUAUUGUUCAAAAUGCCACCACUAUUUCAUAAGAUUUAAAUCCAAUACCUUUUAAAUAUCUUUGAAUGGAAAGUCUUAUACUGUACACUGUAGAAUGUGUAUAAAUAACUCCUCUUUCUUUCCUAUGUGUUGACUGGAGACCCAAACAGGUAUGCAUUGUUGCAUUUGGAAACCACAGGCUACAGUUUGCUUGUAACACUAAUUGAUUCAGUAUUAGUUUUGUUGCAUUUUUGGAAACAAACUACAGUUCUUUUAAUGCUAACUGGUUCAAUUUUACGUUUAUUUCAGUUUUGUCUGGAAACAAAAACUUCAUGUAGCAAGGGUAUGUGAUUGGCAAACAGAAUGAAGCAAAUCAUCUUUAAAUGUGUGCCUAUAAAUAUACUGAUGUCCAUCAUGUACAGCUAUAUAUUGUGCAUUCAACUUAAGUGCCUUUGGUGAAGUACUGUGGAUUUUAUAUGUUUCUGUUAACAGCUUCAGCACUGAAAUAGCUUCCAGAUUUUGCCCAGGAAGCAAGGAUUUUUGCACAGAAAGCAAGGAAUCAACAUGUUGGUUUCCGUGUAGCUGCUGGAAUAAUAAAAAAGCUUACAUAAAACCUUGCAAAACAAUAAGCAGAUAUACACUGCCUAUAUGACUCAACCUUGACCUUUCCCUGUUAUAAUUCUGUGAUAGGUCUGUGUAAAAGUGUCAGUGGAAGAACCACUUCUACAAGUAACAAGUCACACUAAUCAUGUUACUGGAAGGAAUCCUAAGCAUCAUCCUUGUUAACAGCAAGAUUCUUCCAAGCAAGGCCUCUCUCUUUUAUUAUCUGCUUUCAUAUUUUGGGAUCAUUACAAUUCACACAAAAGCCUAUUUAUUUCUCCAUUUAAAGAUUUAUUAUUUGAACUGAAAUUGCUGAUUUGAAUGCCCAUGGAUGCUUUUCCAUAACACUUCUUAAAAUAAUUUUUUGGUUAUGAAAAUAAAUUGCACAGAUCUUUAGCUCAGAUUUCAGUGUUUCUGCCUUUCUCAAGAUUUACAAUGCAUUUGGUCAUUGUUUCUAGAGAGUAUAAAGGAGGGCACUUUUCCUGAAAUGUAUUGGUAAAAACUCAUUUUUGCUCUUAUGAAUCAUUUGAAGUUUUAAUUGCUGAUCCUGUGGACAAACAGCAAACAAAUCAUUUUGACCAACAUAAACAGCAGUUGAGAGUCAGUGGUAUUGGUGAAGACCCUGUAUUUCACUGAGUAAAGAUAAAGCCUUGAUUUGCGCAUUACUAGGUUUAUAAAACUUCAAUUAUGUAAGCAAAAUGAAGUCCAAUAUUUGUUUGGCCUUUGGGGACAAGAGAAGCUAUAGCUGAAUUACACUGUCUCUGCAGCAAUUCUGUACAAGCAACAUCUUUAGCUCUGCACAGUACAUUAAACAGCUCCUGAAAUAUACCCCUAGAAAGGAAAUAUGAGAAUAACACGUCAUUGUUUGAUUCAUAACAUAUGGCCAUGGCUGAAUGAGUGUAGCAUUAUGUGUGAGCACCACUUAAGAUAACAAGUUGACCGCUCUAUGCAUAUGGCUUAAAUGUCCUUUUUAAAACUAAAGACUGGUAAAUGGCUGUUACAUAUAGUUGUAAAAUGGGACUAAUAUGUUUCCAGCUAUUUGAGAAAAUAAAAGUUACAGCAAAAAUAAACGUUUAUAACAGUGGCCUCUUUUUUAUUACUAUUACUACCUAUUUUCAUUUCAGUGCAGCGAUGGGAUUUGUUUCUACAAGUAGAACACAGAUGGAAAUAGCAAACUGAUCUUUGGCAUUUUGGUUGUACAUUUUCCUGUUCUUCCACAGUUCUUUCUAAUGGAGGCAUCUUGAAUAAUUCAUCUCAAGUUUUCCCUUUCCAUUAUAACACCGCCUAUAUUUGCAGCCGAUCAGGCCCUCUGGCUACAUCUUUAACUGAUUGCCAGAGAGAAGAUGGUUAGGCAGCUCUGCUGAACUUUCAUUUGCUGGAGUGACCUCAGUAACAGGACUUGGAGUGGAACAUUAAUCACCAGUAAGUGCAUCCUAUGAGCUCGGACACCUUCUUUUUUAUGGUUUCACCACUAUCAUAUCUACUUCACCUCCUGGAGUUGCCUUUGGAAUGGAAAAAGACACAUGUUGUUAAAAUUAAAUCAUUGUUUCCCAAAUUGCCUGUGCCUGCUUCCUAUCCUCCUUACCUCAUAGAACUGGCAAGCUUAUAAGGAUUUUCGAACGUUAAAGAUGCAUUUUUUUUAAAACUGGGGGUUUGUUGCAGGGGACUAAAAUGAUUCCUGCCUGAGCUGAGCGCUGACAUGACACACUACACAAUUGAAAUAUUUUCUGCUGGUGAUUGCUUGGCAUUUUUUUUUCCUUUUUUCUUUUCAGUUUUGUAAAGGAAACCCAAACCGGUACGCUCCACAUGAGUUAGAAUAGAACUGCAAUGAUUCUCAACCAGUGUGAUAACUAUACUUCAAAACUGAGCUAGGCCUGUUGUGCUGCAAUACUGAAUUUUUUUCCUCCUGUUUCAACUAAAUUUUAAUUUUACAAACCUCGAAAUAAUGCCUGCAUGAAGCAAAAUGGGAAAACCUCAAUCGAUGCCUCUUUAAGUAUAUGGACAUAAAAAGUUGCUGGGACCCCCAUAUUGGAGUCAGUGUUAAUAUCAUACAUCACGAAAGAAAAGGGAAAAGCAAACGCACUCCCUGUGUUACAAUCAAAUUAAUUAGCUCAGUUCUCUGCACCACAAGGAAUCUCCCCCCUUUGGAUUUGGCCACAUGGACACAUGGCUGG